AUGCCUACCCACGCGCUUCCAAUCCCCAAACACUCUCCGCCGCCCAAGCCCAAAGAGGCCCAUUUUAGGGGCGUCCGCAAGCGUCCGUGGGGCCGCUUCGCCGCCGAAAUCCGUGAUCCCUGGAAAAAGACCCGAAAGUGGCUCGGUACCUUCGACACCGCCGAGGAAGCCGCCAGGGCCUACGACACUGCCGCCAGAACGCUCCGUGGGCCCAAGGCCAAAACCAACUUCACCUACGUUGCUGCUCCCGCUAUGCACCUCGCCACUCCUGAAUCCCAGGUCCAGGCCCAAGCCCAAGCCCAAGCCCGUGACCCACUCGCCAGAGCGGUCGAGUUCUGGGCCCCGCCUUUGUUCUUCACCACCGAUGCAGCUUCCGGCGCGCCUUUGAGGUCGGAGUACAAGGGUUACAAGUUGGAGAAUAUUGCGGGUUUUGUGGUUACGAAGGAGGAGAACAAGAAGCCGUUGUUGUUCGACCUUAAUCUGCCGGCGCCGCUCUUCUGA